ACCUUGUGGAGUUGGUUCUCUCCUCUACCCAUUGGACCAUAGGAGUGGACUCAUUUAUUACGUUUGGUGGCAGGACCUUUACCCUAAGCCAUCUUCCUGGCCCAACUUAAUUUUUAGAAGAAAAUAGAAACAUAAAAUGGAUAUAAAUAUUUGUUACUGAUUUAAGAUCUCACCUAUUGAUUGAACAUCACAUACAAUAUCUAGGGAUAGUAGUCUAUUAAAAAAAUUUGAAUCUGAUUGAAAAUUAAUCAUGGAGUCAAGUAUGCCUAAACCUUAGUGGUAAGUAGUAGAAUUUUCCUGCUUUGUUCUGUUUUAUUCUUAGUAGUUUUUAGAAUGUAGAUAAUGUAUUAUUAGCAAAAUCUAUCAGGUACAAAAGUUAAUAAAAGUAUUUUUUCUUACCGUAAAAUUGGUGAGGACUAAGUUUUGUAAUUUUAUAUGUCGCUAUUAUGCUAAGGAAAUACUAAUAUAUUUUCAUGUCAUUGAACAGUUCCUAAAAAAACGUUAGAGCUGGGUGUGAUAGUAUAUUCCUUUAAUCUCAGAACUUGGAAGGCAGGCCCAGGUAGAUCUUUGAGUGUAGACCAGUCUGAUCUACAUAGCGAGUUCCAAAGCCGCGGAACAGAAAGGCCCUGUCUCAACAAAAUAAAACUUCAAGAUCCGGAGGGAUGGUUCCCGGGCUAACAACAUACACUGCUCUUCCAGAGGGUGGGAGUAACUCACAGCAGUGUGUAACUCCCAAUUGCAGGAGUCCUGAUGCCCUAACUCCUUGAGCACCUGCUCUCAUAUAUGUAUCUCUCCCUCUCCCACAUAUACCCCACACCACCCCCACACAGACACACUUAAAAAAAUCUUUGAAGAUUACGCAGCCUUCUAUUUCAUGAACAUAAUGUACAUUUUUGCUUGAUAACAUUCAAAGCCCUUGUCAGAUAAAUAUUCUGAUGUCUUUUUUCUCUUCCCUUCUCCCUCUCCCCUUUCCUCCUCAAUCCUAGAGAUUGUGUCCAAGGCCACAGAUACACCUUGUUUUUGUCUUUCCAAUCUUUUAAUAUUGGUUCUGGAAAGUAAAGGAUGGUGUUAACGAGGUACAAACUUGAUGUUCAGUUUAAAAGACCUCCUUUCCCAAGUUGCUUUUCUUGUACUGGGAACUGUUAGAUGUCCAUAAGCAAACAGGAAAUUAUGUGUCCUAGCUAACCCUUCCUUCAGAGCUGUCCCUUUCUGCUGUGACUGUGGUAAUGCAGUUCUAGAGGGAGAAGGUACGCCAAACCAAGAGCAAGUGGGCUCCCAGGCUACACUGUUUCCUAUGCUUGCCUUCCCCAAGCUGGCUGGGCAGGUAAGGACACCUGCCGCCAAGCCUGACACCAUAGUUUUGAUCCCUAGAACCCACCUGUUAGAAAGAGAACCAAGUUGUACCAUGGUAUACAUCACUGCUUCUGAAAAAAAUAAAAUGGUCGCCUGGCACCAGAGUUUCCUCUGACCUGCUCUGUCACACACUGCAUUAAUUACCUUAGUUACCUUCUAGCUGAACUGUAACCCUGGGUGUCCUGGGACCAGCUCUGUAAAUCAGGCUGCCUCUGCCUUCCUGGAGCUGGGUGUAUGCCACCACCGCCCAGCUAAACUUCCAUUUUAGCCUAUACUGUUUUCAUUUUAGCUUUACUGUUCCCAGAACCACACCAUCUUACUCUUGCAUUCAUGGGACUAGGCCAGUGAUUUUCUGUGGCGUCAUUUUAGAUCCUCACUGCUGAUGUCUUACGUUUCAGAGUCAUUUCUCUGCAGAAGAGGCUUUGAGUACUGUACUGACCAUCCAGCGUGAAAUCCGGUCAUUAGAUCUUAGGCUGUCCUGCUAAGUGGUGGAUGUGGAUGCUCCUAUUUAAAAGAAAUGAGUGUAGCUAGUGCUGUAUUAAGAGUCGAAACCUGGCUUUUGGCAACAUGGCAUAUUAAAGUGCCUCUGAUGUGGCUGGAAGCUUGUGUUAACUGGAUCCAAGAAGAAAAUAAUAGUGCUAACUUGAGUCAGGCACAAAUAAAUAAGCAAGUGUUAGAGCAAUGGCUUCUUACUGACCUGAGAGACCUGGAACAUCCUCUCUUACCUGAUGACAUUUUAGAAAUUCCAAAGGGAGAACUGAAUGGGUUUUAUGCUCUACAGAUCAAUUCCUUGGUUGAUGUAAGUCAGCCUGCGUAUUCCCAGAUACAAAAGCUGAGAGGAAAGAGUACAACCAAUGAUCUAGUGUCAGCGGAAACACAGACGGCCCCAGAGCCAUGGCAAGUAAGGCCUUCGAGGAUGCUGAUGCUGCAGCUCACUGACGGUGUCACACAAGUCCAGGGAAUGGAAUACCAGUCUAUUCCAGCUCUCCACAGUGCUCUUCCUCCAGGUACAAAGAUCCUAGUUCAUGGGCACAUUUUGUUCCGUCUUGGUGUUCUCUUACUGAAAGCAGAAAAUGUGAAGGUGCUAGGAGGAGAGGUAGAUGGUCUUGCAGAAGAAUAUGCCCAAGAAAAAGUACUUGCAAGAUUAAUUGGAGAACCUGACCCUACAGCUUCAGUCAUUCCAAAUAAUUCCAAUCCCAGCGCGCCCAGAGUUUCAGGGGGUUUAGAUGCUGCUUUGGGGCCUUCAGACGAAGAACUCUUGGCAAGUCUUGAUGAAAGUGAAGAGCCUGCAGCAAGUGAUGAAGUGACUGUGGGAAGACUCAGCUUCAGCACAGGCCCUUCCUCAAAUACUACCCCAACAGAUCAGACUGGUUUUGAGCCAGGAUGUAAUAUUUCUUCAAGGCCAAAGGAGAAACUACCAAACCAGCCUGUGCAUUUCACUGAUGGAGAAUUUGAUGACUUUUCCCUGGAAGAGGCCUUGCUUUUGGAAGAAACGGUCCAGAAAGAGCAGAUGGAAGCAAAAGCGUCACAGCCACUGAGUUUGAGGGAGAGCGUGGGUAAACGUGUGGAGGAGGCCUUCUCACCUAGACCUGGGGGUCUGAACCACACAGCCUCGACUCAUAAACAAGGAAACGGCCACUUCAGUGAGAAAACAUCUGAACAGAUGAUCCAUGAAGUCACACUUUUUGACUGUUCAUCUACUAGACACCAUCGUAAGAGACUCUUAGCUCAUGAUUUUACAAAAGACAGUAAGAUUUCAGAAGUAGAUGACGUAGCACAACAAACCACCAACAGUUCAGAUAUACAUUGCUUAAGUAAUAAAACGUUAAACAGGAAGCCGGACCUAUCAGAGAAGAGUUCACAAAGUUCUAAAGGAAAUGGCCACCCUUUCCAGACUUGUUCUUCAAGAUCAUUUGAGAAUAAUACUAACCUAUCUAUUGGCAUGGACUUACACUGUCCACCCUUUAUCUAUUUGUCUGUUCUAAUGGCCAGAAAGCCAAAGGAAGUUACCACUGUGAAAGUCAAAGCAUUUAUUGUCACUUUAACUGGAAAUCUCUCAAGUUCCGGUGGCUUUUGGUGUGUGACUGCAAAGGUUUCUGAUGGUACUGCAUAUCUAGAUGUAGAUUUUAUAGAUGAAAUACUUACCAGUAUGAUAGGGUAUUCAGUACCAGAAAUGAAACAGUUAAAAAAGGACCCUCUUAAAUAUAAAAAAUUCCUAGAAGGGUUACAAAAAUGCCAGCGAGAUCUGAUAGAUUUGUGUUGCCUAAUGACUAUUUCAUAUGAUCCUUCUUCAUGUAAAGGCAUGGUACUGGAAUUGCAAGAUGUUGGUGUGGAACACCUUGAGAACCUAAAGAAGCGGUUGAAUAAAUAAUUUGCCAGAAUACUAUUGGAGCACACUUUUAAAACAGACAAAUAUUUGGAAUCAAAUUUGUUUGUUCUCAAUUUUGGAAUUCUGUAAAAGAAAAAGCUUCAGAGCUUAAAAAUGGCUGAGGCAGCUCAGUGGUGGUUUCUGCCAGGUGUGGUGACCUGAGUUUGAUCUCCUGGUCCCUUGAGGCAAAAGGAGAGACCCAGCUUCCAGAAUCUGUUGUUAGUCCUCUACACAGGUAGCAUAGGACACACACAGUCGGUAAAUGAUGUUUAAAAAUAAAGAUAUUU